AUGAAAUGUCUGCGAUGGCGAUCGAAUCGCCAUCGAUUCUACAUGUUUUUCGCAUGUGCUUCUCUAUUCCUCCUGUGCAAGCACUAUUCAAGUCCGAAUGAAAAAAUAGACGAAGAGGAUGAAUACCUCAAUCCAGUGGACGAGCAUGAAAAAGAGAAGAAAGUUGAAUGCGAACCACCUGGCGCUGUUGAAUCAAAAUGCACAGUUGACAAUGGAAAAGCAAUGAGAUGUUGGAAAGACGAGGAAGAAGUCUAUUUCCCAACGUCGUAUCUCAAAAAGCGAUUCGAUAUGACUGGGAAACUUGGGAAAGAUGGUUCUACAUUUGAGUUGUACACAUCCUACGCCAAAAUGCGAACUCCGGAAUCAACUUAUGAACCAUUAGGCCCAUUCGGUCAUUUUGCAACAUACAGUGUGGAAACGAGAGACCGUGUUAGAUGCAUCAGUGCAAAAACAAAUGUACCCAUGUCAACUCAAUGGGACCCGACCCCUUAUUAUUACCCUAUCCAAAUAGCUCAAUACGGAUUGCAGCAUUACAGUAGGAUUAAAAUUGACUCCAAUAGUAACAAAACUGAAGACAAACGCGAAGUGUUAGUUGGAGUGAAAUCAAAUGAAUGGAAAGGAGCUGCUGGAAUGCAUGAAACAACAGAAAGACUGUUUUUCAACGACGAAGAAAAAGGAAAAGUGGUCAACAUCAGUGCUGGAUAUGCCCUCGCAAAUGCAGGUGCAUACGUGUAUCUCGACAAAUCCCCUGAUCUUCAUGUUGUUUCAUUCGAUUGGAAACCUUAUGAUGGCAAUGCUUCAUUCACAGUUCUAGCAAAAAUGAAACAAGACGAUCUUCUGGUCUUGAUCAACUACGUCUUUUCAGAGGGAAAUGGAAAGUGUGUUUGGCAAGAAGAAGAGCGGAGUUAUGAUGAUGAUACAAUUGUUCAAAAACCGAAGAAAGAUGGUCAAGUAUCAUAUUCAUAUUCAUAUACUGGAAGCUCUCAAUAUGGAGAAUGGUCAAAUGUUACACGUGAUAUUCUUGUCGAUGUCUCACGCGCACUGUCAAGCGGAGACAAUCGAAAGAAGGAUGACAAUGUUAUACUCCAUCCAGGUGAUAUUCGUCUUGUUUCCUUGGGAUUCCGUGGCCAAUUAACUGUUAGACAACAGAUAAAUCAGAGAGUAGAACAACAUUCUCAUGCAUUCCGUUCAGCUGCUGAUUGGAUGAUUCAAAAUCAAGACAAGAAAGGAGGAUGGGCGGUACCUGUCGAGAGAUCAAUUGCCGAUAGAAAAUUAGUAUUGGAACCCGGAUGGCAUAGUGCAAUGGCUCAGGGUCACGGUAUAUCCGUACUCACUCGAGCAUACAAGCAUUUCAAUGAUACGAAAUAUUUGUUAUCGGCUAUGAAGGCCCUCGAACUUUUCAAAACAAAUUCAUCCGAAGGCGGAGUUCGCGCUGAGUUUUUCGGCAAUGUGUGGUACGAAGAAUAUCCGACAACUCCUGGUUCAUUCGUUCUCAAUGGAUUUCUUUAUUCACUUAUUGGUCUCUAUGACUUAUCAAAACUAGAAGUACCUGUCGCGGAAAUCGAUGAAAACAUCAGAAUGAAAAUCAAAGAGGCGCAGCAGUUAUACUCAGCAGGAAUUCGAUCAUUGAAACAACUUCUACCUUUGUAUGAUACAGGAAGUGGAACUAUUUAUGAUUUACGUCAUGUUGCACUGGGAACGGCACCAAAUUUGGCCCGAUGGGACUAUCACGCUGUUCAUGUAUAUCUUCUGAAAUGGAUUUCCGGCAUUGAAAAUGACGAGUUUUUGAGUAAAACUGCGGAUCGGUGGAUCGGAUACGCGUAUGGAAAACGGGCAAAACACAAUUAA